AUGUCUACAACCGAUCGCCCGGAGUCGGGAGCUCUGAACCCCAAAGACGAUGACCAGCCGACUACAUCUCCGUCCGACCAACAGCCAACAGUACCAACCACAGAAACAGCAGACCCAGCCCAAACAGCUCCCGCCCGUGACACAAACCCGUCCACUCCUGCGACACAGCCACUCGCCCAGCCAGGUCAAGCUGCCGUCGCGAACCACCCCGCAACCACCCCCGGCGCAGGUGGCGAAACCGCCCCCGUGACAGUGACGGCGACGACUGGUACGACCACCACAUCGACAUCCUACGACAACUCCUCUGCUGUCGCUCAGCCGAAUACUACCACGGCAACGACGGCAUCAAUGGAUACCGAGGAGCCUAAGACCGUGCAGGAAAUGUCAACUGAGCAGUCGGAUGAUGGCUCCGGCAAGGAAGUCGAGGAUGCGGGUCCGUCGCUAGUUAUCACGCUACUUUUGACGACGGGUUCGCGCCACCCGUUUACUAUCGAUGGGAAAUAUCUACGGAAGCGAUCGGUUAAUGUUGAGAAUUCCGACCCGUUCCUUAUGAGUGUUUAUACGCUGAAGGAAUUGAUUUGGCGCGAAUGGAGAUCUGAUUGGGAGACUCGUCCGUCGUCGCCAAGCUCUAUUCGCCUUAUCUCCUUUGGAAAGUUGCUAGAUGAUAAGUCGCCUAUCUCUGACUCAAAGUUCAGCAAAGAACACCCCAAUGUGGUUCAUAUGACUGUUAAACCGCAAGAAGUUGUCGACGAGGAAGACGCAAAGGGAGCCAAGGCACAGUACAACCGGGACCGCGAGGCCAAUGAACGCAGUCCAGGCUGUCGUUGCGUGAUUCUAUAG